UUAAUCUCAAGUCAUUGAUUAAAAUAGUCUUCAAUGCCAUUCAACAUUGAUCAUUUGCUAAGCAGUCCUACCAUACCUAGCUAGCAGCUAAUAUGAAUUGGAUUGGAGUCUUCCUUCGUGCUUUAACAAUUCGAAUUAGCAUUGUUUAUUUUCCAGCUUUCCCCCACCGUAUUCUUUCAGUUCAUCCUGUAUGAUGUGCUAUGCUUUGGUAAAGUUGUUUAUAGCACAGAGUGACCGCUAUUGUAUACCCCCACGUUAGGCUUGUCAUCAGAUACUAAUGUUGGCGAUUCAUUUGAUCCCAUGGUCAGCUUUGGAGUACUUGCUGACAGACUGGGUGCCAUGCAGAGAAGACACAGCAGCAACACUGAUGGCAUGCCGCCUGACAGGAACAGGAGCCAAACACUAGGUUCUGAAAGCAGCCUUGAUGAAGGUGGAGUAUUCGACUGCCUCAAGCCAGACUCCCCCACGACUCCCCAGCAGCUAUUCUCUGGUUUGGUGGGGGUGUCGUCUGGAGCAGUGACCUCGGCCCCCUUCCAGGCUGCCGGACUGGUCUUGGGCUCACCUCCGGAUGUGUUCAUCCCAAUGACUGCGUCUUCCAGGGAGGAGGGUUCUCAUCGCACCGAGAGCCAGCCGUUCCUCCCUCGUCAGGGUCAGCACCAUCACCACCACCACCACUUUCACCAGGCGAUGCAGAGCCGCUCCUCGCUCCUGCAUUCGGCCUCUGUCGCCACCGACCGCCACAGCAGCAGAGAUGAGGGGAGCGAUGACCCCUCCACCCCAGCGCCAGCCCUAUCGGAGCUCAAGGCAGUAGUCAGUUGGUUGCAAAGAGGCAUCCCCUUUAUCCUAAUUCUCCUCGUCAAAGUGUGUUUUCAGCACAAGCUGGGUAUUGCAGUAUGCAUCGGAAUGGCAAGCACAUUUGCCUUUGCCAACUCGGCUCUGAAACACCAGGUGUCUUUACGGGACGGGAGGUCUGUGUUUGUUACUCUGUGGAUCGUGGUUUUCCUCGCCGGGAACAUCGCAUAUCUCUACUACACAUUUAGUUCUGAAGAACUCUACAACAGCCUUAUGUUUGCGAAGCCAAACAUCAACAGCUUUGACUUCUUCGAUCUCAUCUGGGUGGUGGGCAUCACUGACUUUGUCCUGAAGUAUGUCACCAUUGGACUCAAAUGCGUCAUUCUGUUUCUUCCCAAAAUCCUCCUGGCUUUCAAGUCCAGGGGAAAGUUCUAUUUGGUCAUCGAAGAGCUGAGCCAGCUGUUUCGGGCACUGGUGCCCAUCCAGUUGUGGUUCAAGUACAUUAUGGGGGAAGACCCUUCAACCAGCUACUUUCUCGGGGCCAUGCUUAUAAUCAUCUACAGCCUGUGCAAGUCCUUUGAUGUCUGUGGGAGAAUAUCGGCCAUCCGCAAAGCUUUGGUGGUUCUCUGCAGCUCUCAGAGUUAUGGUAUGAGGGCGAGCAGCCAGGAGUGCACCGAGGCAGGAGACGUGUGUGCCAUCUGCCAGUCUGAGUUCAGAGACCCCGUGGCUUUGCCCUGCCAGCAUGUCUUCUGUGAGGACUGUCUGUGCCAGUGGUUCGAUCGAGAGCGAACAUGCCCACUGUGUCGCUCGGCGGUCAUCGAGACGGUACGCUGCUGGAAGGAUGGCACCACCUCAGCACACUUUCAGAUCUAUUAGCCGCUUCUAAUCACUCCUGGGCGGUCUGGCACAAAGGGGCCUCUCUCCAGUCAUAGGCUUAUAGCUUUUAGUUACUGGUUGUAAAAUGAAUGUACAAUUCAUGACAAUGUGUACUACAAAAGAAACAAAAAACUCUGAACUUCCAUAAAUAUGUUAAUGACUACGUUGGCUACCUGGUACAUUUCCCCAGUCUAUCAUACUGAUCUGCCUGUCUUUCUGUUGCACUAUGGCACUGUACGUUUUGUAUUGUCAUAAAAUGUGAACACAACAUUGUCUUAAUAUCAACAGUAAUUUUAUUUAAAAACCAUUAUUGUCCAUUAUUUUAUUUAAGCUACUCAAAACAUUGUAAAUAAAAUUGCAGGUGGCGGUGUUCAACAGUCUUA